AUGAUGAACAGGAUUAGCGCAAACUCGGUCAGUCUCAACUCAAAGCCAAGCGAUGGUGCUUCUGGACCUCAGCGUCAGAGUCAGAGUAUAUCGAGGAGCAGCAAUCACAGCAACUCGACGACUUUUUCCGCGGGAUCAGCCAUGAAACUUCCCACGCGAAAACCUUCAGUAGAAGACCUAACCAGCCUUACCGGUACUAGUAUCAAUAUCAGUGCGCAGGAACCACAAGAAAUUUAUCAGAGCUUCAGAAGCAACACCAGCAGCACUAUCGGUACCAGUACUGCAAGCAACAGCAGCAACAACAACCACAAGGGCUGUUGCGGUUCCUGUUCCGACAAUGACACCGAGUUUGAUCCAAUCAAACACAGUAUCCCUAUCGCUAACACCUAUGAAGAGGCUGGAUCGCGGGAGUUAGUUAAACCCGAACGAAAGCGUCAACAGUCCACAGCCGCUGCCUCCACAGCUACUUGUACAACCGUGUCCAUCACUACCAGUACAGGUACAGGUACAGGUAACACAGACAAGGAAUCUGUGGCCCCUUCCUUGGAACCAUGCCCGACAGACACGGAAGACCAUGGCGGAUGGGGACAAUCCAGGAGUAACCACAGCAGCAGCGCACAACGCUCCAGGGAACUUGGACCGAAGCAGCCAAGUAGGCACACCAGUUCCUCCAGAGACAACGUCAGGGCAUCCAGCAAAAAGAAGAAAGUAAAAAAACCUGGAGAGAUUGCAAUUCGACAGCCACGGCAACACGCACCGUCGUCCAAUCCUCGUGCCAAACGAGGGGAUAGCAACCGAAGUACCGGUAUCGCAGAGGCUACCGGCAAGUCGAACAAAACUACGCUCCUCACCAAGCAACGAAUCCGAUCCUUCAUGACUGACUACUACGCAGACUUUGAUUCUAUAUUCCAAAACGGAUCUAGCAAACAAGUCAAGAAAACGUGCUUUGAAGCAUUCUUUGAUCAGUACUACACCAAGGAUAUCCUAUGGAUUCGAAGCAGUGGAAAUCCCAUCGGACGAAAGGAUUUGGCGGGAAUGCUCUGUGAUGACAUUGAUAUCGAUCAUGCCAUUCUUGUCAGUAUCGACAACAUCACAUUAAUGGCGGGCGGGAUGGUGGCGUCAGUCACGUACACGGCCGACCUCAAGUUUUCCUUCAAGGGACAACCCCAAAGUGAUCGCACGGUUCUUUCAAGUGUCUUGCAAGUUACCAACGAUAUCGAAAUUCGAAUAGCUCAUGUACACUGGUCGGUUGGAGGGCCCAUCCCCAAAGAGAGCCGCUGGGAGACUGAAAAAUAA